AUGGGGGAUGAUAGUGAAUGGAUGAAACUACCCAUUGAUCAGAAAUGUGAACACAAGUUGUGGAAGGCUAGGUUAAAUGGCUAUGAAGAAGCCUUGAAGCUGUUUGAGAAGAUAGAUGAUGAGAAGAGCCCUGAAUGGUCCAAGUAUCUUGGACUUGUAAAGAAAUUUGUGACCGACUCUAAUGCAGUUGCUCAACUGAAAGGAUUGGAAGCAGCCCUUGCCUAUGUUGAAAAUGCCCAUGUAGCAGGAAAAACAACAGGAGAAGUGGUGUCUGGAGUUGUAAAUAAAGUGUUUAAUCAGCCUAAAGCUAGAGCCAAGGAGCUUGGCACAGACAUAUGUCUUAUGUUUAUUGAAAUCGAGAAAGGGGAGAUAGUACAAGAAGAGAUUCUGAAAGGCUUGGACAACAAGAAUCCCAAGAUCAUAGUUGCAUGUAUAGAAACACUGAGGAAAGCACUAAGUGAAUUUGGUUCAAAAAUAAUCUCACUGAAGCCAAUAAUCAAAGUGUUGCCAAAACUCUUUGAGUCUCGAGAGAAGGCUGUUCGAGAUGAAGCCAAACUUUUCGCUGUUGAGAUCUAUCGAUGGAUAAGGGAUGCUCUCAGGCCUCCAUUACAAAAUAUAAAUUCUGUUCAGUUAAAAGAACUGGAAGAAGAAUGGGUCAAACUACCGUUAUCAGCUCCCAAGCAAUCGAGGUUCCUCCGCUCCCAACAAGAAAUGAAAGCAAAGUUUGAGCAGCAACAAGCAGCUGGGGGGGAUGCAGAUGCAGGAGGAGAUGAUGGUGAUGAGGCUGUUCCACAGGUGGAUGCCUACGAACUUCUGGAAGCUGUUGAAAUUCUCUCCAAACUUCCUAAAGAUUUCUAUGACAAAAUUGAGGCAAAAAAAUGGCAGGAGAGAAAAGAAGCUUUGGAAGCAGUGGAAGUUCUAGUUAAAAAUCCCAAACUUGAAGCUGGAGACUAUGCAGACUUGGUGAAAGCUCUUAAAAAGGUUGUUGGAAAGGAUACCAAUGUAAUGUUGGUUGCUUUGGCUGCCAAAUGCCUUGCUGGACUGGCUACUGGUCUCAGGAAGAAAUUUGGACAGUAUGCAGGUCAUGUUGUCCCAACUAUCUUAGAGAAGUUCAAGGAGAAAAAGCCUCAGGUUGUACAAGCAUUGCAAGAAGCCAUUGAUGCAAUCUUCCUGACUACCACGUUACAAAAUCUAAGUGAGGAUAUAUUGGCUGUGAUGGAUAACAAAAACCCAACCAUCAAGCAACAGACAUCCCUCUUCAUCGCAAGAAGCUUUCGUCACUGCAAUUCUACUGUCCUUUCUAAGAGCCUACUGAAACCCUUCUGUGCUGCUCUUCUCAAGCAUAUUAAUGAUUCGGCUCCAGAAGUUAGAGAUGCUGCAUUUGAAGCCCUGGGUACUGCCCUGAAGGUGGCAGGUGAGAAAGCUGUGAACCCUUUCCUAACAGAUGUGGACAAACUAAAACUUGACCGGAUUAAAGAGUCUGCUGAAAAGGUGGAGCUGGCUGGUGGUAGUAGAGCCAGUGGAGGAGCCGAUAGAAAAGAGAGCAAACCUGUUGCUGGGAAGGCUCCAGCUCUUUCAGGGGCUGCAGGGGACAAAGAUACAAAAGAUAAUUCCAAAUCUGGUGCACAGAAAAAGGCACCUGCGGCUAAGUCUGGUGGCCCACCCAAGAAGGGCAAGCAAGCUGCAGCUGGUGGGGCAGGAAGUACUGGAACAAAAGGCAAGAAAGGAUCUGAAGUAAAGGAGAUAUUUGAGCCAGAACUCUCGAUAGAGGUAUGUGAAGAGAAGGCUUCAGCUGUCCUACCAGCUGCUUGCCUACAACAGCUAGACAGUGGCAACUGGAAAGAAAGGCUUGCUUGCAUGGAAGAAUUUCAAAAGGCUGUUGAGCUGAUGGAUAGAGCUGAAAUGCCUUGCCAGGCUCUGGUAAGGAUGUUGGCCAAGAAACCUGGAUGGAAGGAGACCAACUUUCAGGUGAUGCAGAUAAAACUUCACAUAGUCGCUUUGAUUGCUCAGAAGGGAACCUUCUCUAAAACGUCUGCACAAAUUGUGCUGGAUGGUCUUGUGGAUAAGAUUGGUGAUGUGAAAUGUGGGAACAAUGCAAAAGAAGCACUAACAGCAAUAGCGGAAGCAUGUCAGCUGCCUUGGACUGCUGAACAGGUAAUGUCAAUGGCCUUUUCUCAGAAGAAUCCAAAGAACCAAUCGGAAACCUUGAAUUGGCUUUCAAAUGCAAUUAAAGAGUUUGGGUUUUCUGGAUUGAAUGUGAAGGCUUUUAUCAGCAACGUUAAGACUGCUCUUGCCGCUACAAAUCCUGCGGUGAGAACAUCUGCAAUUACCUUAUUAGGUGGCAUGUAUCUGUACGUGGGGCCCCCUUUGCGGAUGUUCUUCGAGGAUGAGAAACCUGCUCUUCUUUCCCAAAUAGAUGCUGAGUUUGAAAAAAUGCAAGGACAAACACCACCUGCUCCAACUCGAGGCAAUACCAGACACGUGGCUGGCAGUGGAGAUGAUGGGGAGGAAGGAGAUGAACAAGAGGACGCAGGAAAUGAUGUUGUGGAUCUGUUGCCAAGAACUGAUAUCAGUGAUAAGAUCACAUCUGAAUUAGUGUCUAAGAUUGGUGAUAAAAACUGGAAAAUCCGAAAGGAGGGUCUGGAUGAAGUAGCAAGCAUAAUUAAUGAAGCCAAAUUCAUACAGCCAAGCAUAGGCGAACUUGCACCUGCACUGAAGAGUCGUCUUAAUGAUUCCAAUAAAAUCCUGGUACAGCAAACCCUGACCAUCCUUCAACAACUUGCUACUGCUAUGGGCCCAAAUAUCAAGCAACAUGUGAAAAACCUGGGCAUUCCCAUCGUCACAAUUCUUGGAGACAGUAAGAGUAAUGUCCGAGCAGCUUCUCUGACAACUGUGAAUGCCUGGAUAGAGCAGACAGGCAUGAAAGAGUGGUUGGAAGGGGAGGACCUUUCUGAAGAGCUCAAGAAAGAGAAUCCUUUCCUACGGCAAGAGCUUUUAGGUUGGCUGGCUGAAAAGCUGCCCACUCUCCGCUCUGUUCCAUCAGACUUGGUUUUAUGUGUGCCUCACCUAUACUCUUGCCUUGAAGAUCGAAAUGGAGAUGUCCGUAAAAAGGCACAAGAUGCUCUGCCAUUCUUUAUGAUGCAUCUAGGCUUUGAGAAGAUGGCCAAAGCCACUGGCAAGCUUAAGCCAACUUCCAAAGACCAAGUACUGGCCAUGCUUGAAAAAGCCAAAGCUAAUAUGCCUGCCAAACCUGCUCCACUUUCCAAGGCAUCUUCCAGAGCAAUAGGAACUGCUGCAGCCAAAUCUCAAGUUGCAUCAGGUUCUGGUGAAGAUUAUUCGUCCAGCACCAUGGAGUCCAAGGCUGAUGCCAAAAAAGCCAAAGCAGGAGGAACGGCCCCAAAAUCCAAGCAUUCUGAUGCUAGUACAAACCUCACCAAAGGCAAUAGCAAUCUGACAAAGAACAAGCCUACCAAACAGGGUAUACAGGGGAAGAAAGUACCAAGCAAAUCCAACUUGAAGGAAGAUGAUGACAGAUCUGGUCCAGUUUUUAUCUUAGUACCAAAUGGGAAAGAGCAAAGGAUGAAAGAUGAAAAAGGAUUAAAGGUUUUGAAAUGGAACUUUACUACUCCUCGUGAUGAAUAUAUUGAGCAACUGAAAACUCAGAUGUCCAGCUGUGUUGCCAGGUGGUUGCAAGAUGAGAUGUUCCAUGCAGAUUUUCAGCACCACAACAAAGCUAUUGCUGUUAUGGUUGAGCACUUGGAUAAUGAAAGGGAUGGAGUGAUCAGCUGUCUGGAUCUAAUCCUGAAGUGGCUCACACUGCGAUUCUUUGACACCAACACAAGUGUCCUGAUGAAGGUCCUGGAGUACCUCAAGCUGCUUUUUGCCAUGCUGAACCAAGAAGAGUACCAUCUAACUGAAAAUGAGGCCACCUCCUUCAUCCCCUACCUUGUUUUGAAGGUUGGGGAACCAAAAGAUGUUAUCCGCAGAGAUGUGCGUGCCAUUCUAAACAGGAUGUGCCUUGUCUACCCAGCUAGCAAGAUGUUCACUUUUAUCAUGGAGGGAACAAAGUCAAAGAACUCAAAACAACGGGCAGAAUGCUUGGAAGAGCUGGGAUGUCUUGUUGAAUCAUACGGCAUGAAUGUGUGCCAGCCAACUCCAGGCAAAGUCUUAAAGGAAAUUGCCAUUCAUAUUGGUGACAGGGACAACACUGUCAGAAAUGCUGCACUCAACACCAUUGUAACAGUUUACAAUGUUCAUGGAGACCAAGUGUUCAAGCAGAUUGGAAAUCUUUCGGAGAAAGACAUGAGCAUGUUGGAGGAGCGAAUAAAGCGGUCUGCUAAGAGACCAAAUGCCACUUCAGCAAAGCAGGUGGAAGAGAAACCACAGAGGACUCAGAAUGCCAGUGCCAAUGCUAACAUGCUGAGGAAAGGACCGGCUGAAGACAUGUCUUCCAAACUCAACCAAGCCCGUAACAUGAGUGGCCACUCGGAGACGACGCAUGCAGUUCCACGGGAGUUUCAACUGGAUCUAGAUGAGAUAGAAAAUGACAAUGGCACAGUGCGAUGUGAAAUGCCAGCACUUGUCCAGCACAAGCUGGAUGAUAUAUUUGAACCAGUUUUGAUCCCUGAACCCAAGAUCCGUGCCGUCUCUCCACACUUUGAUGAUAUGCACAGUAACACAGCUUCCACCAUCAACUUUGUCAUCUCCCAGGUAGCCAGUGGUGAUAUCAAUACUAGUAUCCAAGCUCUAGCACAGAUUGAUGAGGUUUUGCGACAAGAGGACAAAGCAGAAGCUAUGUCAGGCCACAUUGACCAGUUUCUAAUAGCUACCUUCAUGCAGCUGCGACUCAUUUACAACACGCACAUGGCCGAUGAGAAACUAGACAAGGAUGAGAUAGUCAAGUUGUACAGUUGCAUCAUUGGAAACAUGAUUUCGUUGUUCCAGAUUGAAAGCUUGGCCCGGGAGGCCUCUGCAGGAGUGCUGAAGGACUUGAUGCAUGGCCUCAUUACCUUAAUGCUGGAUUCGAGAGUUGACGAUCUAGAGGAAGACCAGCAGAUUAUCAAAUCAGUCAACCUCUUGGUGGUAAAAGUUCUGGAGAAAUCUGAUCAAACAAACAUAUUGAGUGCCCUGCUUGUUCUUCUCCAGGACUGUCUAUUAACAACAGCAAGCUCUCCCAAGUUCUCAGAACUAGUAAUGAAGUGUUUAUGGAGAAUGGUAAGACUUCUCCCUGAAACUAUCAACACUAUCAAUCUGGACCGAAUCAUGUUGGACAUCCACAUCUUUAUGAAGGUCUUUCCAAAAGAGAAACUAAAGCAGUGCAAAAGUGAAUUCCCAAUUCGGACGCUGAAGACUUUGAUUCACACCUUGUGCAAGCUGAAGGGACCCAAGCUUUUGGAUCAUCUAACCAUGAUAGAUAACAAGAAUGAGUCGGAGUUAGAGGCCCACCUGUGCAAAAUGAUGAAACACUCCUUGGACCAAACUGGAAGCAAGUCUGACAAAGGCACAGAAAAAGGAGCUUCUCGCACAGAUGAAAAGACACCAAAGGCCAAAGUGAAUGAUAUUUUAGCAGAGAUAUUUAAGAAAAUUGGGUCUAAAGAAAACACUAAAGAGGGUCUGGCAGAGCUUUAUGAAUAUAAAAAGAAGUAUUCUGAUGCAGACAUUGAGCCUUUCCUAAAAAACUCCUCACAGUUCUUCCAGAGCUAUGUGGAACGAGGUCUCCGACUGAUUGAAAUGGAAAGGGAGGGCAAAGGGCGCAUUCCUUCUACAGGGGUUUCUCCACAGAUGGAGGUAUCGUGUAUCCCUACUCCCACCAAUACAGUCCCUUCAUCUAUAGGAAAUGCCAAUGGGGAAGAGGUGGGGCCUUCCGUCUACUUGGAAAGGCUAAAAAUCCUCAGGCAACGAUGUGGCCUUGACAAUGCAAAGCAGGAAGACAGAGCACCCCUGACCUCCCAGCUGUCCAAGCCAUCAGUCCCUACAGUUGCAUCCUCCACAGAUAUGCUCCACAGUAAGCUUUCACAGCUCCGUGAGUCACGGGAACAAUACCAGCACAUCGAUCUGGACUCCAAUCAGACCCACUCUUCUGGCAUUGGAACCACCACUUCCUCCUCUGCAGCAUCCAAUAUUGAUGACUUGAAAAAAAGACUGGAGAGAAUAAAAAGCAGCCGCAAGUGAAAUUGCAUCAGGCUGUUGAAGAGCUGUCCAUCUUUAGUUUACUAAACUAGAAGUCUUCAUAGUUAAGUGGCCUCAUGUAGGCCUUCUGUAUACAAACUGGUUUAUGUGUAUAAUACAGCAGAUCUUGGAGGAGGAUCCAAGUCAUUGUGGCACAAGUCUUUGUACAUACUUUGCUUCUCUGUGAGCAUUUAUUGACCGUAGAAGACUGUCUGUAUUAGUUUUAGUGUACAGAGCUGUAAACAACCAUUCUCUUCAAUCCAGUUUCUCAUAACUUUAUUUGUAAAGUUGUCUUCUCUUUCUUAGCUCUUAACUCUUAGAAGCUCUUUAGUGGUCUUACUUUUAUUUUUAACAACUUCUUCUCCAUAUAAUCCUUGAACAGUUUCUGUACGGACGCAUGGCAUGAAUUAACUAAGUGUCUUUUUGUAAAUAAAGUUUGCAUUAACGCUC